AGAGGUGAGCGUUGCGAUUGUGACAUGCGCACUGGGCGCUGUUCACAGUUUGUUAUGACAAGCCGAGGCCUUGAUCUCAGAAGUUUGUUUUUCUCGUUUGUCUUUUUUUUUUUUUUUUUUUCCCCUCAUUUUCAAGAGGCGAAGUCACGAUGGAGGGUAUGGAGCUGGAUGUGGACCAGGAGCUCACGCAAAAAUUUAGUUGCAUGGGCACGACAGACAAAGACAUCCUCAUAUCGGAGUUCCAGAGGCUCCUCGGCUUUCAGCUGAACCCCGCCGGAUGCGCCUUCUUCCUGGACAUGACCAACUGGAAUUUACAAGCAGCUAUUGGAGCCUACUAUGACUUUGAGAGUCCUAAUAUCAGUGCGCCUUGCAUGUCCCUUGUGAAGGAUGUGACGAUUGGUGAGGGUGAAUCAGUUCCACCUGACACACGUUUCACCAAGACCUGGAGGAUACAGAACACAGGUGCAGAGUCUUGGCCGCCUGGGGUUUGCCUGAAGUAUGUUGGGGGAGAUGAGUUUGGUCACGUAAACAUGGUAACGGUACGGUCUCUAGCCCCUCAGGAAAUGACGGACGUGAGUGUGCCUAUGCAGAGCCCUGUGUCUCCUGGUAUGUACCAGGGCCAGUGGAGAAUGUGCACAGCAACAGGACUUUACUAUGGAGAUAUUAUUUGGGUAAUCCUGAGCGUGGAGGUCGGAGGCCUUCUUGGUGUCACACAGCAGCUUUCAUCCUUCCAGGCAGAGUUCAACACCCAACCUCAUCGCAAUGUAGAGGGAAAUUACAACCCCUUCGCCUCACCAGAGAGGAGCAAAUGGCCCAACAGCAACACCAGCCUCCAUCAUGACAGCAGCCAUAAAGUCUCAGAGGAACACUGGCAGGGAAGCCCGAACCAGCUGCAGCAAGAUCAGAAUGGACUUUCACACAGCUCUGUAGACAUAGUAGCAAACAGCCUACAAAGCAAUCUGUCAAUAGUCACUUAUAACCAGGGUUUACAGGAGCCUUCCCCUUUUGGUCACUCUUAAACCUUGGGACUUGUUCUAAAGAAACUGCAGUGAUAAGCGCCUCUGGAGCCUACCAGAUCAAUAAAAGAUGGAAGAGGCUUCAUAAGUUGCUGCAGGAGAGUCAGGAAUCAUUUUAUGCAAAACGGCUCUACCCUGCAGAGGCACUCUUGAGCAGCAGAGGUCUCUAAAGUCGGAUCCACCAUCCCACAGCCACUGUGUGCUUGUUUGAAUGCUAAGUUUAAAAGUAGCGCUAUGAGUCUUUUGAGUGAUAUCUCUUUUUUUCAUAUGAUUUAGUUGUCAAAAUUGCGUGUAUUUGUCAAAUUGUAUGUGUAUUCUUGUGAGUGUGUGUGUACAAGUGCAAAAAGAAAUUUUGGAGGAAAAGCCAUUUAUUUUGCCGAUUUUAAGACUGCCCAAUUCAUCCAUUGAUUUGGUUUCUUGAAAUUUUCCCUUUAACAAAGAAAAAUAAUGUACCGGUAGUUAUUUUGGAAAAAGCACGUUUUAUUUUUAUAAUACACAGAAAUCCUCCAGAAAGUAUGAAAAGCUUAAAUCAGGUAGUACAUUUACACACACACACAAACACGCGACACCCAAAUUAGAUAAGUCACUAAAAUAAAAUGCAGUACAAUUGUUCUCCGCUUGAGGGUGUCAUCGUCACUUAAAUAUUGUGCAGGGCAGCUUCAAUGACUUAGACCUGUUCAUCGAUUCUCAGCCCCAUAGUCCUUACCUGGUUUAUUUGGCUACAUUUGGAAUGCCUUAUGAAUUUAAUUUAACAUAAGGUGUUUUCCACGUUUUAUGAUGCCUUAUACUGUCAAACAGGACUAUCAGAACUAAACUGGGAAAAAGCUGGCGUGGCAUGAUUGAAGCCAAACCUAAUUUGCUGUAUGUACUACAUUUGAAUCAUAGCUUUCUGAUCCCAUGUAGAGAUCAUUUGGAAACAACCAUCCAUCCAUUAAUUUUCUGCUAGAUCAUUCAGUUAACCUAACAUGCAUAUUUUUGAAAUGUGGGAGGAAGCAAGAGUAUCCAGAGAAAGUACAUGUAAUUCUGUGGAGGUGAUACAAACCCCACACAGAAAAGAGAGUCAAACCUACAACCUUUGACUUUAAGGUAGAUGUGCUAACAAGUUACCACACGCUUCACCGUGCUGCCUUUAUUAACGUGUAUGCUGUUUUAAAGUCAACACCAUCCUGGUCAUAUUAACUGAAAUUAUUGCACGAUUGAUCGUAAUUCCCCAGUGAUUGAACCAAUUAAGCUAUUAUAGCAUUGUACUGCAGUUCAAUAUGAACAGCAAUGCAUAGUAAUUGUAAAAACGGAAUCAGUUUACAUGCCCAUUUCAUUUUACAGCUCUUGCGCACUAUCUUUUAAUUUGAAUGUAUUCUAUGAAUGUAGAGAGAAAAAUUGUUGGCAAAAUGAUGAAUUAGCCCGAAGGCUAUAGAUUUGUGUUUGUGUUGAAUACUAUUCUGCUUCUAGGGUUCAAACAUCACCAAUCCUGUAGUGACGUAAGAGCUGACACAUUGGUGUUGUCCUCAUUUUUUGUUGCUGCAUAUUUAGUAGCACUGGACUGACUGAUCUAUGCACUGAGUAACCUGACCUCUGAGGCCCAUGUGUGUGUUACUUCCUACACUUGAGUCCCGAAGGGCUAAUUGACUGAGUCUGGCAAUCACAGCCAUUUUUAAGAGUACUUUACUCUUGGUUGGUAAACAUCUUCAAUGCAGCUGUAACGGUAAACCCCAAACGAUGCUGAACUUUUGACAAUAUCAGCUAACACUUCAGCAUGCCACAAAGACAAAAAAAUGUCCCAAGAGGUCAAAGCGCAACACUUGUAAUUGCUCUCAGUAGUAACUUGUCAAGUGCAGUGUGUGUUUAUCUUUGAAGUUUCCAAUGAUAAAUCAUACAGCAGCAUGUUUGUAAGUGUGGGAGUGUUGAAAGCUUUUUCUCUUGUACGUUUGAUGAAUGUUUGUAUGAAUAAAUUAUCGUUGAAAAUUAAA